ACCCAGCGCAAGGUUUGCGCCAACUUCCCAAUGAUGUCGCAACUAUAGAGGACGGCUUCGGAGUGAGGUGCAGAAUGAAAACAGACUUCCAGUUUUCCAACCUGCUUGGCACGGUCUACACCAGAGGGAACCUUCUAUUCAGCCCCGAUGGCACUUCCUUACUCUCGCCCGUGGGCAAUCGUGUGACUGUCUUUGACUUGGUCAACUCGAAAUCCCAUACUCUACCGUUUGCGCAUCGCAAAAAUAUCUCUCGUCUUGCGCUUCACCCUAGUGGGAAUUUACUUCUCACUGUCGAUACCGAUGGGAAAGUCAUUUUGACUCACGUCCUGCGCCGAAUCGUCCUCUACCACUUCUCGUUCCGAUCGGCCGCAACCGCUUUGUCCUUUUCACCCUGCGGACGAUACUUUGCGGUUGCAAUAGGCCGGCGUAUAGAGUUAUGGCAUACACCUACAACCCCUGACGCUGGUGAUGAUGGUGCUCUGGAAUUUGCUCCUUUCAUUCGCCAUCAUGUUCAUACGCAACACUUUGACGACGUUCGGAGUAUCGAGUGGUCAUCAGAUUCAAGAUUUUUUCUCAGUGCCUCUAAAGACUUGACCGCCAGAGUGUGGAGUGUCGAUGCGAUAGAAGGCUUUGUACCUACAACACUGGCAGGCCAUAAGCAAGGUGUCAUUGGAGCAUGGUUUUCCGAAACGCAGGAAACAAUAUACACCAUUAGCAAGGACGGUGCUCUAUUCAGGUGGGAAUGGACCGAACGACCUUCGCGAAAGAAUGAACUCGAGACGACAGAGAACUGGAACAUUGUGGAACGACAUUACUUCCAGCAAAACCAUGUCGAUGUAAAAUGCGCGACUUACCACGCGAAGUCAAAUCUCCUGGUAGUAGGCUUCUCGAAUGGGCUUUUCACGAUCCAUGAGCUCCCCGACUUCACACAAAUACAAAACAUGAGCUUGUCACAGAGCGGUAUCGACAAAGUAACUAUCAAUAAGAGUGGCGAAUGGCUUGCGUUUGGCGCAUCACGUCUAGGACAACUACUAGUUUGGGAAUGGCAGUCGGAGUCUUACAUCCUAAAACAACAAGGGCAUCAUGACUCUAUGAAUUGCAUUGUGUACUCUCCGGAUGGACAAAGAGUAGUCACAGCUGCGGACGACGGGAAGAUCAAAGUGUGGGACGUAAAAUCAGGCUUCUGUAUCGUCACUUUCACAGAACACACUAGUGGAGUGACGGCCUGCGAAUUCGCCAAAAGGGGAAAUGUUUUGUUCACAGCUAGUCUAGACGGCUCAAUACGAGCAUGGGAUCUCAUAAGAUACAGGAAUUUCCGGACCUUUACAGCGCCGACACGGCUCUCGUUUUCAUCAUUGGCCAUAGAUCCAAGUGGGGAGGUGGUUUGCGCAGGAUCGAUUGAUUCCUUCGACAUUCAUAUCUGGUCUGUACAAACGGGACAGCUUCUGGAUCAAUUAGCCGGCCACGAGGGACCCGUAUCAUCACUAUCUUUUGCAGCCGACGGCGGCAGCUUGGUCAGUGGGAGCUGGGAUCGAACCGUUCGGAUUUGGAAUGUCUUUGGCCGAACCCAGACCAGUGAGCCAUGUCAGCUACAAUCAGACGUUCUCUGUGUCGCGUUUAGACCGGACUCUAAGCAGGUGGCCGUAUCCUCACUAGAUGGGCAAGUGAGUUUCUGGGCCGUUUCCGACGCCGUCCAAGUAGGUGGUGUGGAUGCGCGACGGGAUGUGUCAGGAGGCCGCAGGAUAUCGGAUCGCAGGACUGCGGCAUCCGCCGCUGGAACAAAAAGCUUCCAUACCAUUACCUAUAGUGCUGAUGGCUCAUGUGUCUUGGCUGGUGGAAACAGCAAGUACAUGUGUUUAUACGAUGUACAAUCAGGAGCUCUUGUAAAGAAGUUCACAGUGUCCAUAAACCUGUCCAUUGAUGGCACGCAGGAGUUCUUGAAUAGUAGGAACCUCACGGAAGCAGGUCCUAGAGGCUUAAUAACCGACAGUGGCGAUAUCUCUGAUGAAGAGGGUCACAUGGACAGAACAUUACCUGGAGCUACUCGUGGCGAGGCUUCCUCUCGCCGCCAGAGGCCUGAGGUGAAGGUUACGUCCGUGGCGUUCUCUCCCACCGGACGGUCCUUCUGUGCGGCUUCCACAGAAGGCCUCCUCAUAUACUCACUCGACACCACCGCGCAAUUCCUUCCCUUUGAUCUAGAUGUCUCGAUUACUCCGGACAGCACACGUAAAACCCUGCAAGACCGCGAUUAUCUAAAAGCUCUCAUCAUGGCUUUCAAGCUUGAUGAGCGCACCCUCAUCAGAUAUGUCUAUGAGAGAAUACCAAGGUCUGACAUCGCACUUGUUGUCAAGGAGACUCCCGGAGAGUACAUUGCUCCACUCCUCCGCUUCAUCGCCCAACAGGCUGAUGAGAGCUCUCAUCUCGAGUUCAACCUACUAUGGAUCGAAGCUAUCGUCAGCAGUCACGGCAGACAUCUGAAAGAUCUCUCGGGACAGUUCACAGCGGAACUUAGAAGUGUGCAGAAAGCUGUCGUAAGAAUUCAAAACGAGCUGAAACGGCUUGCGGAGGAGAACUCGUAUGCUAUUGAUUACAUACUAGCGCAACCAACAAAGAAAGAUGCUUUAGUGCGUCGAGAGCUAGAUUUGGGUAGUGAUGAUGAUGCUAUGGAUAGUGUUGAGUUUGACGGCGAUAGUAACACUUCUGGCGACUGGGAAGGCUUCGAUACUUAGCCCGAUUUUAAAUCAAUAAGACAAUGUAUCAAUAUGUGCUCG